AUGAUUUACAGUCUGAAACAUGACUCUAAAAAAUAUGAUUUGAUGGUAUUUUCCUACUUACAGGUAUUUUGAAGACCUGACAGAUAACCUAAACAUUAGUCCUAUACUUUACUUACUGCAUAUCAUAGCUGAGUGUGCAGUUUAGGACACUGAAGACAAAACGUGGUGGAGUUGGGUGCUAUGAAAAGGAAGUAAUUCUUAUGUUCAGGCUAUUUACAUGCGUGGUUUGUUCCGUUCUGUUUCUAAGUAUGUACUGAACGUGACGUUCUUUGUGUCUGAAAUAGCAGCAGAAUAACCUAGUGGUUGCUAAGGUAAUGAGAACCCACUGUUCCCUUACCAAUUCCUGUAAAUAAAGUAUGGAAUUUAAUUUCACUCUGUGUUACCUGAGGCAGCUCUGGCCUCUCAUGAAACAAAUUAUCUUCACAUUCUUCUCCACUUCCCUUCUGAUUGUCAUUGAAAUACUGAGAUGUUUCUCUUUUUGUAAAUAAAUGGAGCUGCCCUGCAGGUGGUGGGGUAGAAAGUAGCCUAAGAAUUACAUCUUUUGUCUUGCAGCUGUUUUCCCUCUGUGACUUAAAAUGUAUUUGUCUUCCUGCUGAAACACUUCUAUUGCAUGUGAUGUGGGCUGAAGAUUUGACAGCCAUAAGAGUUCCUACUUCGGUUUUCCUCUUGAUGCAGAACUUACAUGUUUAUUAUCUGUGUUUGGGCUAUGGGUUGCAAGCACAGCGUGAGUGCGAAUCCAAGAUUUAGUUCUUCAUCAAAAAAAGGAAGGCUCUCUCCAAAACCAAUAUGGUAAAUCCAGGACUUUGCAAAAGCUGGACACCAGUAGAUGAGUGAGUGAGAUACUUACCUACUGAAAUUAUUCUUGGCAAGGAUUAUCACUGGCCUUGGGAGUGCAGGCAGCAAAUAAGAAAACCAAAGGAGCUCUGACUGCUGUGCAACCAGGCAACACUACACCCCAGGCCAUCUUGACUUUGUAAUGGAAAAAGAGAAUCCAUAUCAAGCUACUUGGCAGCUUAUCAAUCAUCCAAGUCCACCAGGCUGGGCACGGAAGAUUGUAUCUCUUAUGUACAGGAGGAGGAAGAAGAAACAGCUGGGGCAUGGGAUGGAGUUAUGCUCAGAGUAAGGGAAUCUGUUGUAAGAGAGAGGCAGCUUGUUAUGAUGCAUUAUGGAGUAACAGAACAAUACUCCUGCCUUUUUAUAUGACAGAUUUUUGUCUUGCUUGUGUUACACUGAUAUCAAGUCAUGGGUCACUUGCCACAAGUUGCCACAAGUGGGUUAUUUUAGCCUAAUAGUCUGGGCAUCAAGACUAUGUUCUAAUAGCCUGUCUGCCCAGAGAAGUAGAUCUGGGAAGUGAAGUGGACAGCUGGCAUAAUAUAUGGACACUUGAACCCGGAAAUCAAAGACAGCUGCUGGAUCUAAUUUUAAACAUAGCUCUUGAUCAGAUCUGUCUAGAUCCUGCUUGUCCUGCUACAGCAAAGUCAUUAGUGGGAAUAGAAAGACAAGAAGUUGAAGAUACUGAUAAACUGCUUUUGCGAGGAAGGGAAUCACCCUUGUUCCAGUUAUGGUAUUUCCAUUUUUCACAGCAAGCUCAGAGAUACCAAAAUUGCGAAAGGAGGACCAAAAGGCACGAAACGCACUCUUGGCUGAUAUCCAGCAGGGAACUCGCCUAAGGAAAGUGACUCAAAUCAACGACCGAAGUGCACCACAGAUUGAAAAACCCAAAGGAGCUAACAGAGAUGGAGGUAACCCAGCUGUUAAUAAAGGAGGCUCUCAGCAGCCUCUGGGAGGUUUAUUUGCUGGUGGCUUUCCUGUUCUCAGACCAGCAGGCCAGAGGGACAUGACAGCAGGGAGGCCCGGGCAGCUCUCCGGAGUCCGAGCAGCAUCCCCCAAACCCUCCGCCCCGUCGAGCAGCGGCGCUGCCAAGGCGAACAGCAACCCCUCGCACCCGGCCGAGGCUGCGAGGGCCGCCGUCCCGCCGGAGCCUCCCGGCCCCUCCCGAGCCGCAGCGGGAGCGGGCCCGGGCCGGCCCAGCCUGCCCGCCCCUCCGCCACCGCCUCCCGCUUCCAGCAAGCCUUCCCUCACCUUCCCUCCUCCUCCCCCUCUGCCCCCUCCGGCCGAGCGCCCUGCCAAGGGGGUGACCCCCGCCGCUGCUCCCCCGCUCCCUCCCCCGCUCCCUCCCCCGCAGGCUGACAAACCCGCCAAGCCCCAAGCAGGCGCUUCGAACCCGCCGCCGCCCCCUCCUCCUCCCCCGCUGCCCUCCUGCGGGCUGCCGGGCAGGGCCGCCGAGGCCUCUGCGGCCGCCGCCGCUCCGGCCGAAGGGAGGGACUGUCCCCCUCCCGCGCCGCCGCCUCCUCCGCCGCCACACGCCCACCCCCCGCCGCCGAACAGGCUCUCCUUUCCCCCCUCCCCGGCCUUGAGCGGGGCCGACGUGCCCCCUCCGCUGCCCCCCAAGUCUCCUCACUUGCUGUCACAGUUCCAUAAGCCAAGCAACAUCCAGUCGCUGCCGCUCCCACCCACCCCCGGCCCCCCUCUGCCCGCAGCCGUGGUGGACACCCGGAAGAAGAGACCCGGCCGAGGCGCAGGACCGGGUGCUGGGAAGCUGGUCACACCUCCACAGCCACCAGCGAGAUCCCCAACAACUGAACUUACAAGCAAGUCUGGAGUCUCAGCCUGGGCUACAGCUCAUGAUCCCUACACACCACUUAAAAAUGGAAAUAUGCACAUCAUUGAUGACUUUGAAUCAAAAUUUACUUUCCAUUCUGUGGAAGAUUUCCCCCCACCUGAUGAAUUCAAACCAUUUCAGAGAACAUAUCCCAGCAAGAUAGCCAGAGAUCCCUCUAAAAAUCCUCCAUUAAGAACACACGUGAGAUGAGAAGAGUCUUCUGAUGCUCUCUGGACUAGUAUUAAAAGGAAGAUCAAGAUAACAUAUAAAACAGAAGGGGUCCCUGUUGCAGUGAUAUAUUGUAC